AUGGAGGAAUACAAAAAGUAUCUGGCUGACCAGAUCCUGAGUGAGGAGAAAAUUGUCACAUAUCGAAGCCUCAGCCGGGCACUCAAGGUUCAUGUUAACACAGCAAAAGGAAUGCUCUAUGACUUCCACCGGUCACAGAAUGGGAUGCGCCCUGGCACAAUGCAUGCAACCUACCUGAUCUAUGGAACCCAACCAGCACAACAAAAGGUCCAAGAUGAUGGCGAUGUUGAAAUGGCCAGCUCGCCCCCUAAUGUCGAAACUUCUGAAGAUGUUGUCACCCACUCCAUGUCUCUUGUCCCUGGCGACCUCCUGAAGGACACUCUGGCCACUUACGAAGAGGUGACCUCAUUCCAUAUCUACAGUUUGGCGAGGCAUCCUACCAGGGACUUGCAACUUUUAGCAGACGUUCAUCAGCAAAUCAAGGAGCAGUCGACGAAUGAGAGUGCACCCAUGGCAGAGACAUACGGUACCAUCACCAACCCCAAUGUCCGCAAACGCACCCGCCAAGGAAGAGGACCAGUACCUACACCUGCUGCUCCAGCACCGGCGGUCAAGCCUAUCAAGAAGGAGGCAGCACCUCCCGCCGUCAAGCCCGCAGCCCUUGACUCCAAGGCAGAGGUACCUGUCAAGCAAGAGACCAAGACGCAAACCACAGAGACACCCACGUCCACGGCGGCAACGAAGAAGGGAGCGGCGCCACCAGCGUUGAAGAAAAGUGGCUCGUCUGGCAUUUCGGGCAUGUUUGCCAAAGCCGCAGCCAAGGCUGCAAGCAAGCCGAAAGAGGUCCCGAAACCGGCACCCGUCGAGACGCCCGCACUAUCUGAUGAUGGCGAGGAUGACGAUGAAGACAUUCCCGCCGCAAAGGCCCCUGCCAAUUCUGGAAGAAAGUCACGAAAGGACCGCGAGGCUGAGCUGAAAAUGAUGAUGGAAGAGAGCGAGGAAGAGGAAGAGCCCGAAGAGAAGGAGGAGGACGAGCCGAUGGAUGAGCCAUUGGAGGAGGCUCCCGAGCCAGAAGCGAAACCUGAACCAGCGGAAGUCGUUUCUAGCACAGGCGACGGUCGUCGGCGUGGCAAGCGGAGAGUCAUGAAGAAGAAGCAGAUCAUGGACGAUCAGGGCUACCUUGUCACUAUCCAGGAACCUGCUUGGGAAGAGUUCUCAGAAGACGAGGCACCCCCGCCGCCCGCAAAGUUGGCCAAGACUUCAUCUGCGCCAAGUUCUGGAAGCCAAGCUGCGAAGCCGAAGAAGCCUGCUCCAAAGGGACAGGGCAACAUCAUCACUGGCGUGACUAGGAGAAACAGCGCCGGCCCGGGAGCGGCACGGACGCCGGAGGUCGCCCCGCGUCACCCCGCAGUGGGCCUGAGUCGUCAAGAUGCGACGCUAAAAUACGCAACCCCGGUCAGAGCUCCUGCAAGGGACCACAGUGACGCUGCGGCAUCCCCCAAAAAACGCAGCGGACACCUGGCUGGCAGGGAGCUCCUCGUCCUAUUUUCCGCGGUUUCCUCAGCAAUUGAUACCCAUGCGGACAUAGACUCAAAUUUUGUUCUCUUUUCCCUCCCGUGCCUCUUCCUGCCAGGCCACAUUGCUUUCGCAGCCAUGCCCUUACGCACAGUAUUUGACCUGCUGCUACCCCUGGGUCUGCUGGUCGGCCAGACCUACGCGGCGCAAGAACCUCUGACUGGCGAGGAUCGCGAAGCAUGUCCCAACUAUGCGCAGUAUUCCACAUAUCCCCAUAAACCCCUGAGCGAAGGCCCCCUUGGCCUGCCCUACCAACGACCCGAUCCACGAUGCCGUACUUUCCACUCCGAUGCCAUUGAGCAGGUCAUCAAGGAUGUCACAUCCAGAAUGAAGGACCCCGACCUGGCCAGACUAUUCGAGAACGCGUUCCCUUCCACGACAGACACCACUGUCAAGUUCCAUACCGAUGGGACUGAUACCAGAUUCGUCGAUCUCAAGGGCCGCAGCCUGCGCGACGAGGGCAAAUGGGAGGGGCCGCAGUCCUUCAUCAUUACGGGCGACAUCAUUGCCGAGUGGCUGCGCGACAGCACCAACCAGCUCUCACCCUACCAGGCGCUGGCCAAGAAAGAUCCCGCCAUCUUCAAGCUGAUCCUGGGCGCCAUCAACACGCAGGCCGAGUACGUCAUCGAGUCGCCGUACUGCAACGCCUUCCAGCCCCCUCCGAUCGCGAACCUGCAGCCGAGCCACAACGGACAGGACGACACGGUACACCCCAUCUACGAGCCCUCGUUUGUGUUCGAGUGCAAGUACGAGCUGGAUUCGCUGGCGCAUUUCCUCGCGCUGGGCAACGACUUUUACGAGCACACCGAUUCCAAGGACUUCAUGACGGGCAGGUGGUUCAUGGCUCUCGAGACGGUGCUCAACGUACUCGAGGAGCAGUCCCGCUCCACGUUCGGCCCGGAGACGGGCCGCUUCCAGAAGAACGAGUACACCUUCCAGCGCAAGACGGACGCGGGCACCGAGACGCUGAACCUCAAGGGCGUCGGUAACCCGCUGAACAACGGCACGGGUCUCGUGAGGUCUGCUUUCCGGCCCAGCGAUGACGCCACGAUCCUCGGCUUUUUUAUUCCGGCGAACGCCAUGAUGGCCGUGGAGCUGAAGCGCACGUCCGUAUUCCUCAAGGCGGCCGGCAAGGACGUCCUCGCGCAGACGGUGGACAAGUGGAGCCAGACAAUUGCUGACGGCGUGUGGAAUAAUGGUGUGGUCAAGCACGCCAAGUACGGAGACGUCUUUGCGUACGAGGUUGACGGGUACGGUUCCUCUAUUCUCAUGGAUGAUGCGAAUUACCCGUCGCUGCUGGCGCUUCCUCUCAUGGGAUUCUUGCCUGCGGAUGAUCAGACGUACAAGAACACCAGGAAGAUGCUUUUGGAGAAGACUGGCAACCCUUACUACCUCGAGGGUGCUGCGUUCCACGGAAUCGGAGGACCCCACAUUGGGCUCUCCAACGCCUGGCCGAUGAGUCUUUUGAUCCAGGCGCAGACAUCCGAGAAUGACCAGGAAAUCACCGAGUGCCUUGACUUUGUCCUAAACUCUGCCAAGCUCGGUUUGGUUCACGAGAGUGUUGAUGUCGGCCGCAUUUCUGCUUAUACUCGAAGCUGGUUCGCAUGGGCCAACGGCGUCUUUGCCGAGACGAUUCUCGACCUGGCUAAGAGGAAGCCUCACUUGAUCUUUACUGACGCGAAGCCGUAUACCAUCUAA